AUGGCCGAACCCUUCUCAAUCGUUUCAGCGUCUAUCAGUCUUCUCGACGUAAGCCUUAGGGCUAUCCGAGAGACGUACAAGUUCAUCUCAGCCUUACGCCAAGCAUCGGCGGAGCUGAAUUACAUCCAUCGCCACCUUGCCGGCCUAGAGAAGGCGCUCAUUCGGAUCAAGGCUCUCAAACAAUCAUACUUGACCUCAUCGCUUGCGACUUUACACCGGUCAUCCUUCGAUGCUCUUGAGGAAGAGCUCAAGGCCUUCGUUCAAGAUCUAGCCUGUCUCAGAAAACUACUCGGGAAUCCUGAGUCCAGCGCUAAGCAUGCGUUCAACCGAUUUGGAACGCGAGUAAAGUCGGUCUUCAGAGAAAAGGAGUUGAAUCAAAUUUCGGAAAGGUUGGACAGGCGAAGAUUGGGAAUGUCUGAAAUUCUGUCUACUAUUGGGCGACAUAACGAUCUAGAAACACAAAGAAGUCUCAAGUCCAUCCAAGAAAUUCAAAAAAGUAUUCGUGCCGACCUCAAGGCCAGCUUUACAACAAGUCGCCUGCAACUCAGCGCCGUUGACAAGACUCAGCGAUGUAUGCGCCGUGAGCAAUUACAACUGUCACAGGCAGUCCUACAAAAGAUAUCCACCCAUAGCCAUGGCAUAUCCUCGAUGCUAGACCAACAGAGAGAGCAUACAGAUUCUAUGGUCGCGGGGUUCUCGACUGUCAGUGACCGGUUGUCAGCAAUUCAUUCUGAUGGUGCAGCGUCGAAGGAAAUGAUACAACAUUUUGCAAAGCAUGCUUGCACGAAGUUGGGCAAGUUGGAUCGGUUAGCUGAUAUCGUUGAGAACCUCAAUGCACUCCACCUGACCCCUGUGGGAGAUCAAGUGAUACUAACUGGCUCUGCCCAAGAUGCCGCCGCUUCUUUAUCUCUACUCUCAACACAGUUUGGAAAGGUUGUUGCUUCGGUAAAUCAACCAUCGGGAAACAACCCACUUUCUCCAAGCGGGGCAGGUAAUCUUUUCGAGAAUCUCAGAUCUCUUCUAGCGAAGUUGUAUGCCCAGGCUUCUCACGAACUCGCCUCAAAGAAGAGACAACCAGAUUCUCUUGGAAGGUACAGACCAUCCCAACCUAUCGCACUGCAAAACAUUCUGAAAACCCGUCCGUCAUAUGUUCAGACUAUCACGAGCGUAUUGUACUACAAGAAUGAUUCCGAACGUCUCAAAGUAGUAGAAGUUCAAGAAAUUGAGAUCCAUGUAGACCUUGGUUCUAUCGGAUCAGUAAUAGUUUUCAGAACCAAGAGCGACCCGAGUCAAUCACAUGAACACAAUUUUGGAGGAUUCCGAGCCCUGUUCUUUCCGAGAGCUGAACUGUCAGUUUGUGGGUUCGCGGCUUCUUUUGCCAACGACGCGCCGACACCCACCAUGUCGCCUCUACUUUCAACAUUUGGACUCCUACGCGCGGAUCAUGAUAUAUGGAGAUUCAUCCAAUAUGGUCACAUCAAUGGUGUCCGCGAUCUAUUGUGGAACCGUCGGGUUCAUCCGAAUGACCGGGAAAGUGACGACGGAAUCACCUUACUGGGAUGGGCGGCAUACUGGCACCAACUAGAGAUUAUGCAAACGCUGCUACUCGAAGGCGCUGAUCCGCUGGACUGUAACUACUUCUGA